AUGCUCUCUCAAGUUUGCCGCUUUGGAACAAUCACAGCCGUCAAGGGUGGUGUCAAGAAGCAACUCAAGUUCGAAGAUGACCAGACACUCUUCACAGUUCUUACAGAAGCCGGCCUCAUGUCAGCUGAUGACACAUGCCAGGGCAACAAGGCUUGCGGCAAGUGCAUCUGCAAGCACGUUUCCGGCAAGGUCGCUGCUGCUGAGGAUGAUGAGAAGGAAUUCCUCGAGGAUCAGCCAGCUAACGCUCGCCUUGCUUGCGCUAUCACACUCAGUGGUGAAAACGAUGGUGCUGUUUUCGAGCUCUAA